GGUUGGGCUUGCCGGGCCGGAGUUGCCCGUUCGCCGCCCUCGGCUUAGCCUGUGGACAGGUCGGAGCCUGUCUGCCUUUGCCCCGGCCGCCUUUCGCAAGGCCACGGCUUCAUCUGCUUUUAUCUGUAACACCAACCAGGAGUUUUUCCUGCCACUCGCACCUUUCAGCGUUUGUGAGAGCUGCAAGGAUGGUGAAUGUUCUGAAGGGCGUUCUCAUUGAAUGUGACCCAGCAAUGAAGCAGUUUCUGCUCUACUUGGAUGAAUCAAAUGCUUUGGGAAAGAAGUUCAUCAUACAAGACCUGGAUGAAACUCAUGUCUUUGUAUUAGCAGAGUUGGUUAACUUCCUCCAGGAGAGAGUGGGCGAGUUAAUGGACCAGAACUCUUUUCCUAUUACUCAGAAAUAAAAAAAAAAAUGAGAAAUGAGAUUGCUGCCAAUUUUUAAAAAGCAAAUUUCAGUAGUUUGGGUUGUUACUGUUUUAAUAGACCAUGGUUACUAAGUUCUAUGGUGAGGUGAUUAUUUUGGAAAAUGGGUAAUUUUCAUAGACAAAAUACUCUUGAACUGAAUUUUGUUUCUCACUUUGAAAGAUUAUGGUUUCUUUAUUAAAAUAAAUUAUAAGAUGAUACACUUAA